UCAAGUCACUCAACAAAAUGCAUCAAGCUACGCUCUUUAGUUUCCUACUUUUGGGCAUUUUUGUGACCCUGGCAACGGCCUACAAUGGUCAGGAUAUUUAUGCCGAGCCCAACUGCGACAUUGUUGAGGAUCAUGCUCGCAAGUUCCGUGACAUCUCGGAUCCCACCCAUUACUGGGUAUGCCCCGAGGGACAGGAGAAGGCCGACUACAUCCAAUGCCCCGAUAACUAUGCCUUCAUGGAGGCUGAGCAGGAAUGCGUAGUCUGGGAGCAAUGGAAGUGGGUUGAGCCUUAUACCAAAUAAACAGCGACUUCGUUGAAACUUUGACCAAAAAAAAACAGAAUAAAAAAAAUCAACAAAACUU